UAUGGAGGGCUUGUCGUGCCCUCCUAGGGCAUCUCUCCAGCCUCUGACCCCCACCUGACACCCAGCUCUCACGUGUGGCUCCUCUGAAAUACUUAUUUUAAUUAUUACAUGGGUAAGUAAGUCACUUAACCUUUCCUGCUUCAGCUCCUCAUCUUUAAUAUGGGCUGGAGGUUUGGCCCUACAAAAUCAGACAACUACUACUAGAGUUCUAAUACUUAGGGCAACUGAUAGGGUGAUGGAGAACUCUGCACUUAAGCCCUCCUGAGGGCCACUAUGGUCUCAACAAAGACCCCAACCCUGGAAGGGAAUUGCUGGGACUUUGCACUGAUCUUCAGAUAGUGGGGGCUGCAGAGCUUUAGGACAUGGUGGAGGGGAUAACACCUUAUUGAAUACCCUGAAGCCCCUGGGCUGGGGUGGGUGGGAGUGGCCAAGAUACAACAGCAGCUCAAGUGGCCAAAGAGGUGCUUCUGGGUUAAAUGUCUUCCUGGGGUUCAUCCUGGUGAAGAAAGCAAAGGUAGAGCCAAGUUCCUUCAGUCUCUGUGUAGGAGGAACUGGGCUGGCUGGGAGGAGAUCUCUGCUUCUUCAGCUUCGAUUGUCCUUCCAGUUCAGGCUUCCACGUUCUGGGAAGGAGACAAGACCAGAUCCUGCUCACCUUAGGGAGCUCUGAGUUCUUGGUUUGACCUCUGGGAGAUUCAGGCAGAGGAUUAAUUCAGAUGGCUCAAGGAAAUGGCAAAGAGCUCCUGUCUCUGCCCAGAAAACCCCAAAGCAGGGAAAGAAGAGUUACCAAAGCAAGAACAGGGAGCCUGGAGUCCCAGGGAAUGGCCUUGGAGAGGGACAGACUCCCAGCCCAGGAGGUGGUGACACUCAAGGAUGUGGCUGUGGACUUCACACGGGAGGAGUGGGCCCUCUUGGCCCCUCCCCAGAAGGAGCUGUACAAGGAGGUGAUGCAGGAGAAUGCCCAGAACCUGCUCUCUGUGGGGCUUGCCGUUCCCAGAGAUGUGAUCUCUUACGUGGAGCCAAGGGAAGCCCCGUGGAGGCUGGAGCAGGAAGGCCUGAGGAGCUGCCGUCCAGGAGAGGUCAGACCUGAAAUGACAGUGACUCCAACCGAUGCGAGCCUUUUUGUGGAAGAAAGUGACCAACAAAGAUUCAUGAGUGAUGGUCCCAAUAAAUUACCUUGGAGAGAAUUCUCUGUUGGAUCUCAAAAUUCAUCCCUUAUUGAACAUCAAAGAAUGCACACUGAGCAAAAAUCUAGUGAAUGUAAUCAGUGUGGAAAGAAUUUUAUGCACAGGGCCUGUCUUGUUGGACAUCAGAUAAUCCACAGUGGGGAGAAGCCUUAUGAAUGCAAGCAAUGUGGAAAGCCAUUCAGAUACAGCUACUCUCUUGUUCGACAUCAGAGAAUCCACAGUGGGGAGAAACCUUAUGAAUGCAAGCAAUGUAGAAAGACAUUCAGUGGGAUCCUCAGUCUUGUUCUACAUCAGAGAAUGCACACUGGGGAGAAACCUUAUGAAUGCAAACAAUGUGGAAAGACAUUCAUUUGGAGAGCCAGUCUUGUCCAACAUCAGAGAAUACACACAGAGAAGCUUUAUCAAUGCAAGCAAUGUGGAAAGACAUUCAGUCAGAGCUCCCUUCUUGUUCGACAUCAGAGAAUCCACACUGGGGAGAAACCUUAUGAAUGUAAGCACUGUGGAAAGACAUUCAGUCAGAGCUCCCUUCUUGUUCGACAUCAGAGAAUCCACACUGGGGAGAAACCUUAUGAAUGUAAGCACUGUGGAAAGACAUUCAGUCAGAGCUCCCUUCUUGUUCGACAUCAGAGAAUCCACACUGGGGAGAAACCUUAUGAAUGUAAGCACUGUGGAAAGACAUUCAGUCAGAGCUCCCUUCAUGUUCGACAUCAGAGAAUCCACACUGGGGAGAAACCUUAUGAAUGUAAGCAAUGUAAAAAGACAUUCAGUCAGAGCUCCCUUCUUGUUCAGCAUCAGAGAAUCCACACUGGGGAGAAACCCUAUGAAUGCAGGCAAUGUGGAAAGGCAUUCAAUAGGAUCUAUAAUCUUACUAUACAUAAGAGAAUCCACACUGGGGAGAAACCUUAUGAGUGCAAGCAAUGUGGAAAGGCAUUUGGUAGGAUCUCUAGUCUUGCUAUACAUGAGAGAAUGCACACUGGAGAGAAACCUUAUGAAUGCAAGCAAUGUGGAAAGGCAUUCAGUCAGAACGUCUCUCUUGCAGCACAUCAGAGAAUUCAUACUGGAGAGAGACCUUAUGAAUGCAAGCAAUGUGGAAAGACAUUCAGUAGGAUCACUUAUCUUGCUAUACAUCAGCGAGUGCACACUGGGGAGAAACCUUAUGAAUGCAAGCAAUGUGGAAAGGCAUUCACAUGGAGAGCCAGUCUUAUUCGACAUCAGAGAAUUCACACAGAGAAGCCUUAUCAAUGUAAGCAAUGUGGAAAGGCAUUCAUUAGGAUCCCUAGUCUUGCCAAACAUCAGAGAAUCCACACUGGGGAGAAACCUUAUGAAUGUAAGCAAUGUGGAAAGACAUUCCGUUAUAGCUCCCGUCUUGUUCAACAUCAGAGAAUCCAUACUGGGGAGAAACAUUAUAAAUGCAAGCAAUGUGGAAAGGCAUUCAGUUAUAGCUCCCAUCUUGUUCGACAUCAGAGAAGCCACACUGGGGAGAAACCUUAUGAAUGCAAGCAAUGUGGAAAGGCAUUCAGUAGUAUCCAUAAUCUUGCUAUACAUCAGAGAAUCCACACUGGGGAGAAGCCUUAUGAGUGCAAGCAAUGUGGAAAGGCAUUCAGUAGGCUCCCUAGUCUUGCUAUACAUCAGAGAAUCCACACUGGGGAGAAACCAUAUGAAUGCAAGCAAUGUGGAAAGACAUUCACUCAGAACUCCUCUCUUAAAGCACAUCAGAGAAUCCAUACUGGGGAGAGACCUUAUGAGUGCAAGCAAUGUGGAAAGACAUUCAGUAGGAUCCCUAGUCUUGCUAUACAUCAGAGAAUCCACACUGGGGAGAGACCUUAUGAAUGCAAGCAAUGUGGAAAGACAUUCAUAAACAGUUCUGGUCUUACAGUGCAUGAGAGAAUCCACACUGGGGAGAAACCUUAUGAAUGCAAGCAAUGUGGAAAGACAUUCAUAAACAGUUCUGGUCUUACAGUGCAUGAGAGAAUCCACACUGGGGAGGAACCUUAUGAAUGCAAGCAGUGUGGAAAGACAUUCAAAAGCAGUUCUGCUCUUGCUCGACAUCAGAGAACUCACACUGGGGAGAAACUUUAUGAAUGUACUUAAUGUGUAAAGACAUUCAGUCAGAGUACCAGUCUUGCAGUACAUCACAAAGUACACACUGUGGAGUGUAUAAUUGAAAAUAUAUUACCCUAAAGAGAACUACAUUUCCCAGGAGCCCACUGACUUCCUGUCCUUACAUACUUCUUAUAGAUAGGGGAUAUUAGGCAGGGACGUGGAAGGUCCCAGGUCUUUACUUCCUGUCCUGAGCUUGGUGGUGGUAAGGCAAGUGUUUGAACUGGCUGAUCAGCCAUGGGCACACAUUCUUUAUUCCUUGAUUUCUAAUGAUCAUUAAUAAAUCUCUUAAAAUAUUUUUUAUUAGAUUUAAUUUUUACAUUUGGUGACAAAAAGGGACAAGAAACUCAAUUUUUUAAAGAUAGCCUAGAUAAUUUUUUAAGCCACGUUUCUCCUGCCAAGACCUUUUUGCCCACCCCACCCACCCUUGAACACUCCAACUCUUUUUGGAGCUUCUGCAUUUUUCUUUUCCUACUUUUUGCCUGGUUGCUUGCUCUCCCUACUGACCAGGCUAUUUUUAGCUGGGGGACUCUUGGUGAAGAAGAGAUAAACCACUUCUCUUGCCCAACUACUUGAGUCUGUUCCUCAUUCCUCCUGUAAAGGAUAAUUUUAGCGUUAUAACCUAAAUUAUACCAAUUCUUGGUUGCCUUGGAUAUCUCAAAACAAUAAAACAAAAAUAUCCAAGUCAGUCUGAAAUUUUAUGGUGAUUUAAUUAAUAUAGUGGGAAGAAAUUAGGAAGAAGGGAGAAGGAAAGGGUAUAGGAUUUUUUCCCUCCUGGCUCGUACUGGGCAGGAAGAUUAGGGGAUCUAGAAAGUAUGCGUUUGGAGUGUGAAAGAGGAAGGAAUCAACCUGUACUCCAAGAGGGCUCAGACAAGAUGCCUGAACCUGAAUUAGCUCAAGGGAAAACUCACCGCCAAAACCCAGACAAAUAGCUGCCAGCAUGCCAAGAUGUCAGAAUGCUUAGCAUGUUGCCAGCCAGAGACAUCUCUCUGGGAAAAGAGCCCGAAGAGAGCAAGUAACUUGUCCUAUAUAGACGGUUUUAUGUCACUUUCCUGCAUCUCAUUUGUACCAAUGUUAGCUUAGCUUGACUGAGGACAGCCCAGGGGUCUGGCCACUGUUUCUGCACAUAUCUGUUGAAGGCCAUUUUCUCAAAUACUUAUAUGGUGCAGACAUUCCUGACCUUCUUAAACUAAGUAGGGUGGAGAAAUGUAGAGUUCCCAAGACUUGGUUCUCUUAAACCAAGUAUCUCCAUUGUUACUAAUCAGGAGAUAGCUAAAUCAGAUGUUCUAAAGUACAAUCUGAGUAGGGUGGAGUAGUUUUGAAAUUCACAGUUCCUCAUCUCUUGCUGCUGAUACUGUUUGCUCCAGCCUCUUACCCUAAUCGCUCAUCUGGCUCUCAGUCCCAGGCCCCCCAGCAGCUCUACUCCUAAAACUGACCUCUGAACAGACCUGGAACCCUACUGCUGUUGCUGAUUGCUGCCACCAAGAAACUAGGAGCCAGGGCAUAUGGUAAAAAACUGGGGUGUUCUUUCCUUAGGCAACAAUUAGCCUCCAGGUGGCAGGGUACCUGGGGUGGUGGUGAUAGAAGACGAUGAGAAGGAAGAGACUUCCAAACAUGAAGUUGAUUACAAGCAUGGCAUAUUUUAUGAGAGAGCAGUGCAUUGCCUAUUUCAAACAGCUUCCAGCUUUAGGAUGUUUUUUUCAUGAGUACACUGAUCCUUUUACUUUUCUUCCCUGAGAUUCAGGCUCUAAGAUUCAUUCAAUUUGGGAUUCCUUCUCAGCAAGGAGUUCUCCCUCACUAUGGGAGACCCAAGAGCACUGAUAAUAGGGAUCUGAAUGGAUAGAAAAAGGAACUUUAUCUUUGUGUGAGAACAAUUAUUAUAUUUGGUCUUUCUUUUCCCCCUAUUUACACAUUACAUUUUCCCCACAUGUUAGUAUACAUAGAUUGAUAUAAAUGUAGUCCUUAUAGAAGAGAGUUUGAGUAAAAGAAGAUAACAUUUUUCUCCUUUUCCCUUUCCUUCAUAUUUACCUUUUCAGGUAUUCCAUGCUCUUUGAUUUUUGAUAUCAAACUUUCCACAGAGCUCUGGUCUUUUCAUUGCAAAAAGUUGGAAAUCUUCUAUUUUGUUGAAUGCCCAUACUUUCCCUUGGAAGUAUAUAGUCACUUUUGCUGGAUAGCUGAUUCUUGGUUGAAGACCCAGCUCUCUUGCCUUUCUGAAGAUCAUGUUCCAUGCCUUACGAUCAUUUAGAGUAGAACUUGCAAGGUCUUGUGUGACCCUGAUUGGCAUUCCUUUAUAUCUAAAUUGUCUUUUUCUGGCUUCUUGCAGGAUUUUUUUCUUUUGUUUGAGAGUUUUGGAAUUUGGCAAUUACAUUCCUGGGAGUUGUCUUUUGGGGGUUUAGUGUAGAGGGUGUUCUGUGAGCUCUGUCAGUGGCUGAAUUGCCCCCUUGUUCUAGAAUCUCUGGGCAAUUUUCUUUGAUUAUCUCUUGUAUUACGAUGUUGAGUUUGCUGUUUAUUUCUGGCUUUUCUGGAAGUCUAAUUAUUCUUAAAUUAUCUCUUCUCCCUCUAUUUUCAAAAUCCGUCACUUUGUCAGUGAGAUAUUUUAUGUUCUCUUCUAAUUUCUUGGUCUUUUGGCUUUGCUUUAUUAGUUCUUGCUUUAAAGCCUGGUUUUCUUUUACAGUUUGAUCAAACUGGUUUUGUAGAUGCAUGAAUUUCUUUUGCAUUAUUUCCCACUUUUCCUCCCAGAAGGCUUCCAUCUUUUUGAUCAUUUCCAAUUCAAAUUCUUCAUGGGUUUGUGGAGAGUUUCCAUUUCCUUUGGAAGGUUUCAGAGCACUUGCUUGUGUUUCCUCUUCUAUCUCCUCUGUGUUUUGUAUUUUUGCUCCAUAAAAUGUGUCCAAAGUUGCCCCCUUCUUCUUGUUUUUUUUUUUAAUUUUGGGACUUUUGUGUUUCUGUGGAGUUUGCCAUCUCUAUCUGAGUGGGGGGGGGGGGGUUAGCUUUUCUUAUCUCUGUCUGGUGUUCAGAGGUUUUAGCCCUAGGCAGAUUGUCCGUUCUAUGCAGUUGUUGUUCUGUCUUCCCGGGAAGCCAGGAGUUGCUGGUGUGUCCCUGUUACUGCCCUCCUCUCCUCGGCACCCUCCUGAUGCUUCUCCUUUGCCUUACUUCCACACUCUAAGCCUAGCUUGGCCCUUGUUCCUGUGCCUUAGACGGCCAGCGCCUGCACUCUGCUGGGGGAGGGGCCGCGGCUUCCCGGAGCUCUGAGGGCUCCUAAUGAGAUUAGCUUUCCCUGGGUUGAAUUUAGUAUGCCUUGAGGCAGGGACUUUUUUCGUGAGACUCCGAUGGAAGGAUCCAGCCAUGGGGUUACAAGCUCCCCCCCCCCUGUUUCCCUGCUGUCUGGGUGCCCCCUCGACUGGGUUAGGUUCUUUUCAGGAUGUGGCCUUCAGAAUAGCUGGCUCCCAAGGUCCUUUUGCCAGUCCUGAGGGUUGCUGUUCUUUCAGAAGACCCUGCUCUCUGAGGGGGAGGGGCCGCGGCUUCCCAGGGCUCCGAGGGCUCCUCCCAGGAGGUUACGAGCUCCCCCUGUCUCUCUGUUUCCCUGCUGUCUGGGUGCCCCCUCGACUGGGUCAGGUUGUUUUCAGGAUGUGGCCUUCAGAAUAGCCGGCUCCUGAGGCCCUUUUGCCAGUCCUGAGGGUU